CGGUGCUGAAGUAAUUUCAUUGAAGCUUCUCGUCAGCGCGGUGCGGACGGAGCGAUGGAGGAAGAGUUAAAAUGUCCAGUUUGCGGGUCUCUUUUCAAGGAGCCCAUCCUGCUGCCGUGUUCCCACAACGUCUGCCUCGCGUGCGCGCGGAAUAUCACGGUCCAAACCCCGGACGGAGAGACCCCGGUGCAGAGCCGGGCUUCGGCCAGCUCGGACUACGACUACCUGGACAUGGACAAGAUGAGUCUGUACAGCGAGACGGACAGCGGCUACGGCUCCUACACACCGUGCCAGCUCAAGUCUCCCAACGGGGUGCGGGUGUUUCCGCCGGCCCUCCCCCACCGGCACUGCUCGCUCACCUGCCCGCUGUGCCACCGGAGCGUCUUGCUGGACGAGCGCGGGCUGCGGGGCUUCCCGCGGAACCGCCUGCUGGAGGCCAUCGUGUCGCGGUACCAGCAGACCCGCGGCGCCUCCUCCUCCUCUUCGUCCACGUCGAACGCGGUGAAGUGUCAGCUGUGCGACCGGAACCCCGUGGACGCGACGGUGAUGUGCGAGCAGUGCGACGUCUUCUACUGUCACGCGUGCCAGCAGCGGUGCCACCCGUCCCGCGGUCCGCUCGCGAAGCACCGCCUGGUGCCGCCGACCAACCAGGUGGCCGGAGGAGCCGUAGGAGGCGGAGGAAGCGGUCAGCCGCCGCCCGUAGCCGCGCGGAAACCGGCGACGUGCGUGGAUCACGAAGCGGAAAACUUCAGCGUGUACUGCUGCAGCUGCAGGGCUCCGGUGUGCGCCAAGUGUUUGGACGAGGGAAAGCACGGCGCGCACGACGUCAAGCCGCUGGCCGUCAUGUGGAAACAGCACAAGUGCCAGCUCUCACAGGCCCUGAAUGGUGUCUCUGACAAAGCUAAAGAUGCAAAGGAGUUCCUGGUUCAGCUCAAGAACAUGCUUCAGCAGAUACAGGAGAACAGUGUUGAGUUUGAAGCUUGUCUCGUGGCUCGGUGCGACUCGCUGAUCGAGGCUCUGACCAGGCAGAAAGCCAAACUGCUUACCAAAGUCUCCAAAGAGAAGGAGUACAAGCUAAAGGUGGUGUGUGACCAGAUAACUCACUGCACGAUGAAGCUCCGUCAGACCACCGGCAUGAUGGAGUUCUGUCUGGAGGUGCUGAAAGAGAACGAUCCCAGUGGAUUCCUCCAGAUCUCCGAUGCUCUGAUCAAACGCGUAGCAUCAUCUCAGGACCAGUGGGUUAAAGGGGCCCUGGAGCCGAAGGUCGUCCCUGACUUCGACCUUACCCUCCACACAGACAUUCUGCUCCAGACCAUCCUACAGCUGGACUUCUGCCAGGGCAAAGAUGUGCAGGAGAUUCCGUUACUGAAACAAAUGCAAGCAGCAGAGAUGGAGACAGAAAGUCCAGGAGUGGAUCCUGGGCCCUUGGUGCCGGCGGCUCCUCUCCUCCAGCUGGAGAAGUGCUGCAGUAGGGACAACAGUGCCACGCUGGCCUGGAGGGUAACAGCACCCCCUGGCAAUCCCAUUGAGGGCUACAUCCUGGAGCUGGACAAUGGCAGUGGAGGCCAGUACAGGGAGGUCUACGUGGGGAAGGAGACUGUGUGUACAGUGGAUGGGCUCCAUUUUAACAGCUCCUACAACGCCAGAGUCAAAGCAUACAACUCCGUUGGCGUGGGGCCGUACAGCAAGACCGUUGUGCUCAAGACCUCAGACGUGGCCUGGUUCACCUUUGAUCCUACCUCAGCUCACCGGGACAUCACUCUGUCCAAUGAAAACCAGACAGUCACCUGCAACAGCUACGAUGACCGUGUGGUGCUCGGCACUGCUGCUUUCUCGAAGGGCAUUCACUACUGGGAGGUCAACAUUGAUCGUUAUGACAACCACCCAGAUCCCGCGUUUGGUGUGGCGAGGAUCAACACGAUGAAAGACAUGAUGUUGGGGAAGGACGACAAGGCCUGGGCCAUGUAUGUGGACAACAACCGCUCGUGGUUCAUGCACAACAACUCCCACACUAACAGGGCUGAAGGUGGCAUCACCAAGGGCUCAACUGUGGGCGUCCUGCUGGAUUUGACCAAACGCACACUGAGUUUUUAUAUCAACAAGGAGCAGCACGGUCCAACUGCAUUUGAGAACCUGGAUGGGGUCUUUUUACCAGCUGUCAGCCUCAACAGAAAUGUCCAGGUGACCUUACUGACCGGCCUGGAGGUGCCAAAGAAUAUUUAACAGUCGGCGCUGAGGACAUCCUGUAUACACUCUAGCAUCGGUUCGCUCCCAUGUGGACCUUUUCCUAAACUCAUCAGGUGGGAUUUACCCUCUCCCGCCCUGUUGUCUUGGAUACACUCGAUCAUUUUGGAUGAAGGAGUAAGUCGAAAUGUUACAGGCUCUAAAACCAAUGAGAAAAGAUGCUUGAAUGGAAUAGUCACCAGAAGGCCACUUCUGUCAAAGCCCAGGCCUGUGACACCAGGACAACAACAUCUUAAGACAUUCUGGGAA